AUGGGUACUUUGAAGAUUGUAUUGUUGGAGAUAAUAAAUAUUUGUGACAGAACUGUGGACAUAAAUGUACAGGCAUCAGCCUCUGGCAUUCCAGACAAACAAACACCUCUAGUGGAGAUGGAAAUAAUGGGAAUAAUCAGGACAAUAAUGACAAUUUUAGUGGAAGCAGUGACAGUGAGCAGGAUAAUAUGUGUGAAUUUUGCUUUUGUAGCCAUGUGUUACAUCAGUACAACACUUAUGGUUAGAAUGUCUCGAGAUCCUGAUUGUUACCAGACUGAAUCACUGAAACUGUCAGAGGUGCUCAAUGAUAUUGGUGUCGAUGAGAGAAUGAUUCUGAAGACGAGGAGGAUGAAGUUGUUGCAAGAAACUAUUGGCACUAGUACAGUCAGAUUGCUGGGCUUUAACAUUUCCAUCCAUAAUUUUGGUAGCCAGUCUGAAGGGUCUACAACAUUAGGACUCCAGUCAGACACUGAUUCACUCUACUGUCAAAGUGAGCCUAAUGUUAUAAAGGACUGGGAUGAGUGGCAACUUGGCAGGUACAAUCUACUGAUGAUCCAGGAUGAGACCACAUCACCAGGUUACUGUCUACUACAACUUCUGAGGGAGGAUGAGCCUCGUCCUUUUCCUACUGAUGAUAUUGAUCAUUUACCAGGCAGAUAUUUUACAGCUAGCAGAGGUAAAGUGCUGACGAAGAACACAUUAAAUAAUGAUACUGCAUGCUUAGCAAGACGUGUAAUAAAUGGUCCUGCAUUAUCAAUACAAGGAAGUCCAGGUCUUACUGAUCAAGAUCAAGUUCCAGCAUUCCACUGUAAAUCAUGGCCUGCAGAAGCCCGACCAUGGUUAUCACAAGAAGGUAUAGGAAAAUGGCCUACAGAAGACAUGAAGAGAUAUUGUGAAACUACAGGAUGUUUAGUUGUACCAGUGAGCAGUAAGAAUGGCCAGAAUGAGCAACUUGAAUGGAGAAUAUCAACUUCACAGGCUGAAAGAUGUUUGAUGUUCAGUUUAAACAUCACACAAUUAAGAUGUUAUAUUCUGAUGAAGAUGAUUCUUAAAACAUCCAUAAAUCCUCACUGUGAUGGUGUACUUUCAAGUUUCAUGUGCAAAACUGUUUUAUUUCAUUGUAUACAGAAUACACGUUCAAAUAACUGGGUGCAAUCUAACUUACUUGAAUGUUUGAUGUGCUGUCUUACAGUAUUGCAGAACUUUGUUAGACAAGAGAACUGUCCACAUUUUGUAAUACCUAAAAACAACCUGAUGGCUGGAAGAAUUUCUCCUCAUAACAAACUUAAAAUUCUUGAAAUCCUACAAAAGAUCAUACAAAGUAAGGGUAGUGCGCUGCUGGAGAUUCCCAUUGAUGACCUUGGUAUAAGACUACAAGUGAAGACGUAUAUGGGUGAAGCUUUUCAGUAUCCUGUAACUCCAGCCCAAAUGUAUGCUGAAAUUUCAUCACUGCUGCUACUUAAUUUUACCGGUGACGUAAGUAGAAAUCACAGUGUCCUUUUAAAAUCAUUGCAUGAUGGAAAUGAAAUGGUGUGUGAGAGGUUAUCAGACUUUACAUUAACACUAACAAGAAUGUACAGAGCAAUGGGUGUUAACAGUUUGGAAAAAUCUGCAGUAAGACUUCUAGCACCUCUGCUUUCAUCUUCCCUAGGAUCUGUGAUAGCAUCUCACAACAUUUACACUACUCACAGUAUAUCCUCUGAAGCACUGGGCUGGUUUUCAGCUGGUUUGAACUCAGAUGUGGCAUCUGGUAGAUUGAAACUUGCAUCUGCAUUAUACUGUGUAGGAGAUAUGGAAAGAGCAGAGUUUGUUCUGAGGAAUAUAGAAGAAAAGUAUGAUCUGAAUACUGUUGAACCUGUAUGUCAAUGUUAUGAUCAUCUCUUGUAUUACCCAAGGCAAGGAUUCAGCAAUAAAUGUACCACUGGAAAUGAAGAAGUGAUAAAACAUAACACAGCAUUUUGUGUUAAAUUUCUGCGGUGUGAAAUUUGCUCUGUUCCUGAAGAGCUACAGUAUGAAAUGUUGAGGUCUACACAAGAGGACAGGUUUGAAAGGGAUGAAAUGUUUGACAAUUGGAUGGAGGAUGAAUUUCUAGACAGUUGGAUGGACUGGGCAGUGGUAGAUUCUCUCCCUUAUCUCUACUUCUUACAGUACAAGACCUAUGGAGCUCUUCAGAGAGUGGCAGACCAACAAUGUGCACUUGCAAACCUUGUCACUAGCAUUGAAACAGAAUCAAACCUAGGUCACAGGGAAACAACACUGAAUUUACUAGGACAGUGUAUGGAACAGGAAAAUAGACAUACUGAUGCUUUACGAUGCUACCUGAUAUCUCUGAAUAUCCGCGCAAGAAACAAUGCUGCAAACUUUCUUUUCUGUAGACUUCUUGAUCAGUUAUUUCUCAACACACAAUAAAUUGCACUAAACUGAACAUGGUACUGAAGAAAGUGUGAGUAUCUACAUGAAGAUGUUGUGCCCCACAAUACACACUGUUAGUAUUUAUAUAGUAAAUAUAGAGAACUUAAUGUUUAAAGCCCUGCUCCACGGCUAUUCAAAUUCUGUUGUGUGUAUGCAACCCAUGAUAACAAUAGGUAACAGUUAACGGCCACGUGCAAUACUUUAGCACGCAAAACCACAGGUAUUUCAUAUAGAAUUUUAUAUAAAAUAGACUCUAUUUUGACAGGCGUCACUGUUCAUAGUCAGGAUUUUCAUGCUUUUUCAGUGUCAAUUUAAGGUUAAAAGGUAGGACGGGAGCAGGGCUUUAAGUCAAUGAAUGAAUCAUGAAGAUUUCAUGAACUGACAUCUGAUUUACCGGAUGUACUUCUAUCUGCCUUGAGUAGAAACGUUAUGUUGCUAAAGGAACAAAAAUAUAUAUGUACCUUGAGAACAAAGAUAUUGUUAUUAUAAUUAUAUACAAUUACAAAGAACAGACCCAGAUUCAGGGCUGGGCCAAGUGGGCCUGUGCCCUCUAUAGUUGGCUGAGAAGUAACCUAUCUCAUCAAAGAUGCACCCUAC